GCAACAGACAGACAACGAAGCAGAUGAAAUCAUCGGUGUUGAAACUCUUUCCAUUUAUUUGCCUCCAUCUGUCAUGAUUAAAUGCUCUUUCAGCGGUAUCAUGAGUUGAGUCCAUCGCACUGGUAGAAGUUUUCAGGCAGGGGCAGAAUAUGCGUCCCUGCUCCACUAUCAUGCACCUGCUGCUGAGAUGCCUGCGCGGGUGUGGCAGGCACAGUCGCUGUCGCCUGCCCAGGCACCUGAGGCAACCUGUGAGCUACAUCAAACUUCUAUUCAAAUCCCUUUAUUUUAAUUCUCUCACUAAUUCGGAAGUGGUGAUGGACUCCCUCCUUGAGCCAGUGUUUUGGAUGGUCGAGGUUGUCACACGCUGGUUCGGAAAGGUCUUUGUAUUUUUAGUAGUAGCUCUUACCAGCUCUGUGGUCUUCAUUGCAUACUACUGCCUUCUGCCGUUGGUCCUGCAAACAUACACUCCUGGCUGGAUAAUGUGGCACAUUUGUUAUGGAAAUUGGAUCAUUGUCAUGAUAGCCUUCCAUUACUACAAGGCCACAAAGACCCCCCCUGGAAAUCCUCCUCAGAUGAAAAAGGACAUCCCGUUUGUGUCAGUCUGUAAAAAGUGUGUCAUUCCUAAACCAGCAAGGAGUCAUCACUGUGGCAUCUGUAAAACAUGUAUUCUAAAAAUGGACCAUCAUUGCCCUUGGCUGAACAACUGUGUUGGUCAUUACAAUCAUCGUUACUUCUUCUCGUUUUGUGUCUAUUUGACUUUGGGCUGCAUGUACUGUAGCAUCAGUGGUCGUAAUCUCUUUAUUGAUGCAUACAAUGCCAUAGAUCAAUUCAGGCACAUGGAAGCGGAGAAACAGGGGGUCCCGGUGACAGGGAUUGGGUUGCUUAUCGGCAUCGUACCGUCAGAAGCCUUGGCUGGGAAGGUAAUUUCACAACCUUCAUAUAACUAUAAGGACAGGAUGUUUCACAAGAGUGUUAUCUACAUGUGGGUCCUCACAAGCACAGUCACAGUUGCGCUUGGAGCUCUGACAUUGUGGCAUGCUGUACUUAUCACCCGUGGAGAGACCAGCAUUGAACGGCAUAUAAAUGAUAAAGAGGCCAAACGUUUGGCGAAACUUGGAAAGGUUUAUCGGAAUCCUUUCAAUUAUGGUAAACUGAAUAACUGGAAAGUGUUCUUUGGUGUGGAGAAGAGAAGUCAUUGGCUGACACGUGUUGUCCUACCCUCGGGACACACCCCAUAUGGGGAUGGACUGACAUGGGAUAUCUACCCUCUUAAAAAAGACAUGUUCCCUGUCUGAGAUGUUAAAGACCUGGCUGUCCUGCCCAACAUUCUUACCAGGGUGAAUCUCACCAGCUGUGCCAUGGCUGAAUGCAGAACCAGAGCCCUGGGAUAAUGGGAGUCUGCAGAGCCCAGAUUUAGACCAUGAUCUUAUGGGAUGACGAUUGCUUAUUAUGGCAAAAUGUAAAGACUGUCCUCCAGGAAGAACAUUUAAAUUUUGGAUAUUUUGUAAAGGAAUUCAUAAUGACAUUUGCUAUUUACGGAAUAUACUGUGUUAAAAAUGCUGGUUGCCAUUUGGGGCUAUUCUCUGGUUUACACAUGUUUGUUUGUGUAAUUUUGUUUUUAACUGGAUUUAUGUCACACAGUCAUUGUUUAAAGGGGUCAUGACAUGCCUUUUUUAUAUAUAAGUUUUGUAUGUUCCGUGAGGUUCACUUAUAAUAUUAGUUAACUAAAAAGAAAAGAAUAAUAUUUGUAAUACAUGAUCAUUUUCCACCCUCAUUCUGAUCCUCUGUCAGAAACACUCUGGUGCUGCCUCUCCAUUAAGACAUGACAGUACAUGCCCACUGUUAUGAUUGGCUCUCUGCUCUGACUGACCUGCUCUCUCCUUUCCAUGUCACUCCUCACAGAUACUGGGCAGGCUACGGAAGUAAUACAGUAAAGUAGGCAUUGGUGUGGUGUUGUGGAGGUGGUCAGAUACAAAUAUCUAGAGUGUGACAUCACAAUACAGAGGAAAUAGAGUGAGUCGUUUUGGCAGCUUUGUUUCAACAAAUGUUCAGUUAUGAAGUGAAACAAAAGUUUUGAGUUCUGAAACUUUCAGUAUGUUUUUAUAGUAAAAUUACCUCUUAUAUGUCAAAAGAUCAAGGAUAAGUUUAUUCCUCAUGUCAUGACGCCUUUAAGAUUCAUAUGCACUGAAAUCCAACACUUUAUUUACAAGUCAACUACAUAUCAAAAACCUUGCCUGUGAUUUUAUUACAUAAUUUGCCACAAGAUUUCUUGUUGAAAGAUUUUAAACAGUAAAAAUACAGUAUAAUUUUAAAAUUGAAUUGCUUUGUAGCAUUUCUUAACACUUUCAAUGCAUUGCUGUAGAUUACAGUCCCUCCAGGAUUUUGCGUUCUCAAGAAUUUUUGGAAAUAAACCAAUC